UAAUGUUUACAGUCUGUUUGUAGGAAGUGUCACACGAUUUUAUUGCAAGUUGCAUGAGCUUAUUAGACGUUAUUUAGGAUUGAGCGUUUGUGCUGAACUGCAAAGCGCAGUAUGAUUGAAGAAGUCCACAUCUGACAGAGGCUACGGGUUUUUUGGGUAGACAAUAACUUUGUUCCUUUUACCGGAGUCUUGAUCAUGUUACUCUACAGAGCUUCGUCAACUUUAAAACUGGCUGCCGUUUUACUGACCUUGUGGAUUCAGCAGUGCACCUGGAAAGAAGUGGAAACGAUUCAUCCAGAAUGUGCUCUGGUGGCUGAACAUAUGAAGGCUCAAGAGCAAUGCAUUCGUACACAAAGACAAGAGGCCAACAACCACAAUAUCACUGGUUGUCGUACCGAGCCAGAUCAGAUUUGGUGCUGGUACAGAGCAGAAGUUGGACAGGUGGUCAAUGUCUCAUGUUCUGAAGUGUCUCAGUUUUACGCCAAAAAUCACGGUUACAUACUCAGAAACUGCACCAAAGAUGGUUGGACAGAAGCCUACCCAUCCUAUGAGAAUGCUUGUAAGAUUGUGGAGGACAUGUCAGAGACAGAGACCACAUACUACUCAACUUUCAGGCAGGUGUACACUGCGGGUUAUGCUACCUCUCUGGUUUCCCUCAUCUCGGCCAUCUUUGUAUUUACGGCCUUCAGGAAAUUCCACUGCACCAGAAACUACAUUCACAUGAAUCUGUUUGUGUCCUUCAUCCUGAGAGCCAGUGCAAUCUUUAUCAAAGAUGGGGUUCUCUUCUCAGAUGAAAAUCUGGAUCACUGCUCUAUGUCAACAAACUCGUGCAAGGCAGCGGUGGCUUUCUUCCAAUUCAGUAUUCUGGCUAAUUAUUUUUGGCUACUCGUCGAGGGAAUGUAUCUCCAGACUCUUCUAGCUCUUACGUUUGUCUCACAGAAGAAAUAUUUCUGGUGGUACAUCCUUAUUGGUUGGGGUCUUCCAACAAUUAUACUGACCAUCUGGGUUCUGGCAAGGUAUUUUUUUGACAACACAUGGUGCUGGGAUGACACAAACAUCGCUUACAUCUGGUGGAUCAUCAAAGGACCGAUCACAGUGUCUCUUCUGAUCAAUUUCAUCAUCUUCAUAAAUGUGAUCCGGAUCCUUGUACAGAAGCUGAAGUCUCCAGGAGUGGGAGGCAAUAAUGAAACCGGCCACUUCAUGAGACUGGCCAAAUCUACUCUUUUCCUGAUCCCUCUGUUUGGCAUGCACUACAUGGUGUUUGCCUUUCUGCCAGAGAACACAGGAGAAAAUGCUCGCCACUUCCUGGAGCUCGGCCUGGGCCCCUUUCAGGGUUUUGUUGUGGCUCUGUUAUACUGUUUUCUCAAUGGAGAGGUACAAGCAGAACUGAAGAAGAGACUGUGGAAGUGGCAGACGCAAAGUUAUUUGAGAUACAGUAAGAGAAGACGGACCCUUUUUACUGAGAGCAGCACAGUCACACAAAUCUCAGUUUUGGAGAAAUCCAGUCCCAAGGAGCUGCCUUUCAUUGAGCCCUAGAAAUGGGUUUCGACGGUGUGAGAGAAAGGCGAGCGCUAACAUUCAUUUGUUGUGUAUUCCCUCUAUCUCGCUCUCCUUUCCAUUAGUCAAAACAUAUUAUACAUUGCAUGAAGGAGUGACAUGCAAUUGUUACCUUAGAGAUCUUUUUCUAUCUAAAUUGACACAUAAAAAUUACUUAAGUUGGUUUUCUCACAUUGCAUAAUGUAUCUAACUUCAAAAAACAUUUUUGCAGUGUAUAUUUUAAGAGGUGAUCUCCUUGUUCUUGUCCAUUUACUCAUAAUGCAUAAGCACAAAAUCGUGAUACGCUUUUUCUUUUUUCCUAAUUUUAAUAGUUAAUUAUUGGAACGGACCUAUUGCUGACUAUGUUCUGUAAGUCAUAAAGUACUUAUGGAGUUGUAAAGUUUGACGACUCAUUUGAGACUUGUUAUCUACUUAUCGGCUUGAAGGUGGAGUUAAUGCAUAGUUCAAAUGGAUGGAGAGAAUCCAAACCCAGCUGUUUGCCUUAGAAAACAAAGAUCUCAAUUUGGAUUUUCCAUAAAUAAUAGCGGACGCAUAUCUUCAUAUUCAUAAAGCCAUAUUCAUCGAUAUUUUAUUUUGUAAAUUGUCUCAAGAUGCGAUAUAUUGCACAUUGCACUGGCCCUGAAUACUUAAGUAUAAAAUGACUACAGGGCAUAGCACUCUUACCAUAACUGGUAAGAUAUAGAAGAUACUUUAUUCAUUAUAAAUCAGUUAAAACCAGUAACACACUAAGAUUUAUUCAAAGAUAAAAAUGUUUCUUUAAAAUGUAUUUAUUGAAAAAAAAAUUCAGAAUGAAUUCCAAUUAUCUUUAGCAGUAAUUGUUCUUAUUAAAAUAAUUAUAUUUUGUUUUGUUUUGAAAAUGGCCUAUUUAAAAAGCUUUUGCAGUGCACACAUGUGGAGCACUACACUGUAAAGUUUCAUGUUUGGUGGAAAGUAGUUUUUAACUUUUUCAUUGUCCCUAGAUAUAUAUAUAUAUUCUAUAUACUGUAUACUAGACAUUUGUUCUCUGUUACUUGGUGUUUUUAAUAUAAUUUCAUUAAUAUUGUUAUUAAUCAUUACAUACCAGUUGCAUCUAAAGAUUAGUGGUGGCGCUGUUGUGCAAAAUAAAUAUUUAUACAUUCAUUUGCAGCGGUCUAUAUCUACAAAAUUAAAUCAUUAAAAGCUAUUUUACAGCAUACAGGCCUCGCCUUUAACCAAAACUUGAUCAAUGUGUGUUAAACUUUGAAAAGUAACCUGUACAAGAAAUGCAAUGGAAUAUACAGUAGGCUACUCACCGUGUAUUUCAUUUAAAAAAAUAUGUUUACCCGGGUUAAAGAUUGUCACACAUAAUUUUGGUUCGCAAACUUUUUUUCUAAUAAGCUGCUAACAAGUGGUUGGCUAGGUUACUUUCCAUUAUUCAUUUAUUAUUUUGCUUGAAAUGACACGUUUAUUUAAAAAAUAGCUUUAGAAUCUUUUCAUUUUACCCUCCUUCGUUUUGUCAGGUAUAUUGACAAUAAUGUCCACUGAUGAGCUUACACUCUUUAUGACAUGUAUGCGUUAUGGCUUGCAUGUGCUAUUGAAAACAUUUGUGUAUUGAAAUUCUGAACCUAGUUUCAAAUUUAAAGUCAACUAUUUCCUUAUAUUUUUAUAGGCCUACUCCAAAGACAUGUUUAAUGUCAUGUUACAUAAGCAGUUACUGUAUAUCAACAUCUUUAUAUUGAUAAAACUAUUUUGUAUGUAAUUCAUGCUUAUUGUACGAAUCAAUGUCUGAAUAAUGUCUUAUUCAGCAAAAUGAGUGGAGUAAAAUAUAAUGGUUGAAGGCACAUUUUCAGUGUCUUUCUCAAAGAAGAAUUUCUCAAAAUAACAUUGUAAUAAUUCAUAUCAAAGUAUACAAAUAUAAAGUACAUGUAGGGUGUGUAUUUUUUUUCAUUUUGCAGGUUGUCCUCAUUUGAUGUUAUUUUAUUGAAUUGCUAUUGAAAUGUUUGUUUUAAUUUAGAAGUUCUGUCAUUGCCUUUUUGGGUUGCUCAUUUUUGAUUUUGGAUAUGAGAAUGCAAAGCCUUUAUUGGGACCAUAAAUUCAAAAUAUUAAUUGAAUCCAGAAUACUGUACACCUGUUAUGUAAAACUUUGGUUCAGCUUUUGGCAAAAUAUGUAUAUUACCUGUUUGUUUUAUAUCUUGUGUGUAUUGUCAUUAAUUCAGUUGUUAUAAUGUUACAGAUACCUAUUAAGAUAACAACCUUGUCCUGAUUGUAAGAGUUGUUGCUACAUUCACCGACCUGCCUUAACGUAAUUUGUUUUCAGUUGUGUGCUGGUUUGUUGAAUCUUUGAUGUGAAGUAAAUUUCUUUGUUAUA